AAAAUGAUCAACAAGAACCAGAAGCUGAAAGAUUAUUUCAAGAAGAAAUUAAUAAAAAAAGAAGAAAAUAUAAAAGAAUUAUCUUAGAAAAUAUUAUCAUCGAAGAUGAUUUAUUCAAUUUGUUUAUCACAGGAUUAGAUGCAGAAAAUAUUAUCAUUCAAAAAUAA